ACCUUGAAGCCUGCCCAAAGACCGUGGGCCGGAGGAGGUUUCUCGUUUCACUGGGCGUUUGUAUGUGUGUUUCAGGGGACUAAGGGGUACGCGGGGGGCGAAAGAGUACCGGCCAUGGCAGCAGCGGAGGAGGAGGACGGGGGCCCCGAAGGGCCAAACCGCGAGCGGGGCGGGGCGGGCGCGACCUUCGAAUGUAAUAUAUGUUUGGAGACUGCUCGGGAAGCUGUGGUCAGUGUGUGUGGCCACCUGUACUGUUGGCCCUGUCUUCAUCAGUGGCUGGAGACACGGCCAGAGAGGCAAGAGUGCCCAGUGUGCAAAGCUGGGAUCAGCAGAGAAAAUGUUGUCCCCCUCUAUGGGCGAGGGAGCCAGAAGCCCCAGGAUCCCAGAUUGAAAACCCCACCCCGCCCCCAGGGCCAGCGACCCGCUCCAGAGAGCAGAGGGGGAUUCCAGCCAUUUGGCGAUACUGGGGGCUUUCACUUCUCAUUUGGUGUCGGUGCUUUUCCCUUUGGCUUUUUCACCACGGUCUUCAAUACCCAUGAACCGUUCCGUCGGGGUACAGGUGUGGAUCUGGGACAGGGUCACCCGGCCUCCAGCUGGCAGGACUCCCUCUUCCUGUUUCUCGCCAUCUUCUUCUUUUUCUGGCUGCUCAGUAUUUGAGCCGUGUCUCCUUCCUGCCUACCACCAGCCAGAGGAGAAUCAGUAUUGGGGGUCCCUCCUGACCCUUCCUUACUCCUGGACACCCCCCCCCCCAAGCCCUUCAUUUCUGUUGGCUAAGGCCAACCCUGGCCACUUUCCACGAGGAUGUGUGGAGGAGUAACAUCUUUGCAUAGGAUGGGAGAACCUGUGCUCUGAACUGCUCCCUCAGUAGCAUCCUAACUCCCAGCUCUGGGAGAGGAGGAUGGACUAAAGACAGUGUCUGUCUCUCCUCUCUCCCGAUCCUUUGCUUUCCCCCAUAUUUCUUGAUUUGAUGUUGAAAGGUGGGCAAGGCUCCCUCUGACUCUUCCCCCAUGUUCCCCUUGAUUUAAUUUAAUUUUUCUCUCCCCAGUGUCUAAUGUGGGUCCUGACUCUCAAGUGCUUCCCUCCCCUCACUACCUCCUUUAUGAUAAAUUCAGUAAACAUGGUGAGAUGUA